GGUUGGGAUAAAAAGGACGCGCAAAUAUUCUCUUGGAGCGUUAAGUGAAAACAAAAUGGCCAAGGGAAUGCUGAGUUGGGGCUGUCUUGUAGUUCUCCUCCUGGCGGUGGAAAGACUUGAUGCUCAAAGCAGUAAAGAAGAGGGCGUCACGAUACGCUGGCUGAAAUGCUUCUGUCCAAAGUACGCCCCCUACUUCUCCGUGUGCCCAUCUGAGUACCACUGUAAAGGUAUCCAGUGUGACUGCACAACCUGUGGAUGUGGCCUCUCCAAGCGCAUCGUGGCCCCAUGGCCAAGCCGCCAGAACCAGUUCUACAAGGCCCCCCACAACGACGUCUUCUCCAUGGCUUACAGCAACGAACGUCGCUAUCCUCCCUUCUCUCCCAACAUGGCCCCCGCCCCCAACUACCAGACCCCAGGGGCCAUUAAUCCUCCCACCUACUACAAGUACCUGCUGUAUCUCCAUAGAUACUUCGGUACUUACAAUACCAAGGUGGCCAGACAGCUGAGGAGGAGAAGAGCGGCUGAUGACGUCAUGCAGCGUUUGGCGGGAAAACAGUGAAUGAUGGUGGCGGUAAUAUCACAGGCGUCUGCUGAGGAGUUAGAUAAUAGGUUAUUUAGAUGUAUGUGUUAACCGGUUGUUGUUCGUAUUGUCGUGUGUUUGAUAAUUUUACUCAAAUCUUUAAUUGCGAUAUUUUUACAGAAUAUCAUUUUUAUCAAGUUCAUGAAACGUAUGGUUAUUUUUUUGUAAAAUAUCUACCAAGAAGCCGGGAAAAAUAGGAAAAAUGUACGAAUUAUUCAUAUGAAUCUUAUGCUCAUAUCUGAAAGUUAUGACUUA